ACAAGCCUCACACCAAAAUCCAACGCAAGCCAUGAGGGGUUUUCAACUGCUGGUCCUAGUGGCCUUGCUUAUUGGGGAGUUGCACUGCGCAAGAACAGCAGCACCACCAGCAGAUGCCCCAGCAACAUCACCACAAUCUCCCGAGCCACCACCAGCAGAUCAGCAAGCCCCACCACAGGCGCCGGGGCCAUCGCCUCCGCCGCCACGGCGACGGGGAUCGCCACAUCGACGACCAACAGCACCACCUACGCAGGAUCCGGCACCACCGAAGCAGGAACCACCGGAACCAGCACCGCCGCGGCUGGUUGUGCCACCAGAGGACUCUCCUGCGCCGACACCACCCGGAAUGAUCAACCACACUACGGGUUGCACCACUCUCCUUGUACUUGGGGACUCAACAGUGGACCCUGGAAACAACAACCACCUGCCCACCACAGCCAGGGCAAAUUUCUUGCCCUACGGCUUGAACUUCUACGGGCGCAGGCCCACUGGCAGAUUCACCAAUGGCCGGUUAGCCACAGAUAUGUUAGCGGAGAAGCUAGGUAUAGCGAGAACUAUUCCAGGCUUCUUUGACCCAAGCCUGAGGCUGGCCCAGCUCAGGAGGGGUGUGAGCUUUGCAUCGGGAGGCUCUGGAUACGACGACAGCACUGCCAACAGAAUAAAUGUGGUAUCAUUCUCUGCACAACUGCACAACCUUUUCCGUUACAAGCUACUCAUCCGAACAUUGCUUGGACCAAGAAGAGCAGAGCGACUUAUUAACAGGGCUACCUUUGUGAUAAGCUCUGGUACAAAUGAUAUGCUUUCUGUCUAUAUUGCAUCAAAUCGAUCGAAUGCAAUUAGUAUGGAAAUGUACGAGAAUCACCUGAUAGCACAUGUUGCAAAUUACACCCAGGCUAUGAUAAUGCUUGGAGGAAGGAGAUUUGUUUUUGUUGGAUUGCCCCCGAUGGGUUGCUUGCCAAUUGCCCGAACUUUGGUCGGCACAGGAUCGGACAGAUGUGAUGAGACACUAAAUCAGCUUGCAACUUCGUUCAACUCGAAGCUAGUUCAACUGUUGAGUUUAAUAAAUUAUCAGCGUCAAAUUAGAACUUCGUACAUAGAUACGUAUACAACUAUACAUGACGCAACAGUGGAUCCUAAGACCUUUGGCCUAACAGAAGUAUCAAGAGGGUGCUGCGGAUCAGGGGUAAUUGAAGUUGGGCAAACGUGCCGAGGGCGAAGAACAUGUGGAGACCCCAGCAGGUACUUAUACUGGGAUGCUGUCCAUCCAACAGAGAGGACAAACCAACAUUUCGCGAAUGUGAUGAUGGAUUCUAUUAGAGAACUCUAUAGCUAGGCUGAGUGAAGAGAGGGCCAUGAUUUGGAGUCACAGCUUCAUCAGACUCAGACAUGAAGGGGCGGGAUUAUCGGAGUCAUGUGUAUCCAAAUGUACUAGAGUUAAUAUAUAGCUGAAUUUGAAUGGCACUUGUGGCCAUCUGUAUCAACAAACCGUAUUGUGAUGUUGAUGA